AUGAAGGACACACAGGAUACACAUGAAUUCUUGCUACAACAAGAUACAGAACAAACACCGCGUUUGCCGCGAGACACCUUUUCCAGCGGUUUCCAUCACGAACUGACAAAACGGAAACGGGCUUAUACCGUGCUUGCUGUGAUGAUAGGAAUAAUGGGGAUGUUGAUAAUUUUGGCAUAUGAUGGCAAUGAUGAAGUUUUUAUCGUCCUGCUUGUACUGCUACUUCUUUUGGGCGUCCCAGUGACCUUAUACAUGUUUGUUUCGAGUACACUUCUUUCGCACAACAACAAGCUCUUGAUGCUGAAGCUACUUGUAGCGGAGGAUCCAGGACUGGACUCUGCAAAAUGGGACACCGUUGCAGCAAAGUCGAAUUGGAACUUCCACAACUCGGAUCCCUCUAUGACGCCGUAUUUCUUCUACGACGGGGAUGCGUGUUUGACAUAUUUCAGAGAAAACAUGCUGCAGCCGUACAGUAGGGCACAGGUCGCAGAAGGCAGUAAUGGCACGUCACUGACCACAGAAGGCACUGAAGGCACUAAUGGCACGCCAAAUAGGCCACAUUUGGUGCUUCCAAGCAUCAAGGACGAUCCGGAGCUAGGUCCGUGGACAAAGAUCGCCGUAGAACGGUACCUGGCCCACCUUGAAGCUAGUAUUCAAGAAUUGGUCAAUCCACAAGGUACAACUACAACGACAGAGAAUUGA